GUCCAAAUUUAAAGAAAAAUAUGGUUAAGGAUAUGUUCAAAUAUUACCUAAGCAAAAAUUCCAAUAUAACAGGAAUUGAUGAAAUCACACAUGAUUUGAUUAAACUCUGUUUCGAUGAAUAUCCUCACGUAAGACUGGAUUUCAUUAAGUUGCUUUUAGAUUCAUAUUUGGAUUAUUCAUUGUAUUGGUCCUACAAAUAUGGUUAUAAACCAAAUUUGUUAAAACCAUCUAUCAAUAAAACCAGGGUGUCCUUCCUUUCUCUGAAUAAAAUUAUAACCCCUCAAUCAUUUGUUGGUUCUUUGUAUAAAUUGGAUGCCAUGGAGGAAACGAAAGUCAUAAAUAACUAUCACUAUUUGAAGAUACACUCCAAACACAUACAUCUGGUUGAAAAUAUUCGCAAUUUUAAAACAUUUUUAUCUACAUUUAAAGAUGAGAAUAUAACCGCUAUAGGAUUGGAUGCGGAAUGGAACCCUUGCACUGCUCCGGAGCUUAACAACGAAUCGCAAAUGGCCCUCUUCCAAGUGGCUACUUACAAGAACAUUUUUUUAUUUGAUUUGCUCAAUUUGCCGUCUAAUAAAGUAGGAAUGAUUUAUUGCUGGAAGGCAUUUGCUAGAAUCAUGAAUAAAUCUCGCAUACUCAAGAUAGGUUUUGAUUUUGAGAAAGACAUGUCUAAGCUCAGAAGCUACGUUGCUAAAAGUUGUAAGAUCAAACUCGAUUUUAGUCCCAAAAAUUUUUUAGAUCUCCGAAUCUUUAAAGAUAGUUUUAAAGUUUCCUUACUUCCAUUCCACCCUGAUCACAAUAAAAAUUCCUCUUCUAACGGAGUCAUUUUAUUAAAAUCGAACAAAACUAGAAAAGAAAAGGGUUUAAGCGAACUAGUAUUUUGGUGUUUCGGCAAAUAUCUAGAUAAAAGCGAACAAUUAUCUCGAUGGGUUAAUAGACCUCUUAGACGAUCUCAAAUCAUGUAUUCGGCUUUAGACGCAUUUUGCCUCCUAGAAAUACAUGAAUUUUUGAUGCAGUUUUAUUUUAUACAUGAAUUAGAAUGUGUUAAUAUAAAUUGUUCCUUUCCGCCAUUAGAAAAAUGGUAUUAUGCAUAUCCUACUUAUUUCAAGGACAUUCCUAAGGCUAUGAUGACAAGGCGGUAAUAAGAAAAAAUGAAGAAAAAUAAGAACCUAAAAAUGUUUAUUGAAUAAGUUUUAUUGUUAGAAUAAUUUAUAUUAUGCAUUUUUG